AUGGAAACUCAAAGGGAAAACACCAAUGCCUGUGGGAUAAUUUGUCUGAAGUAUCUUCUAUUUAUAUUUAACAUCCUUUUUUGGCUGGCAGGGGGUGCAUUGCUAGGCGUGGGUGUGUGGACUUUGGUGGAGAAGAGUGACUAUAUCAAUCUACUAAACUCCAGCUUCUACUCCGCAUCCGCUUACGUCCUGAUCACGGCCGGGGCCGUCGUGAUCGUCACCGCCAUCAUCGGAUGUUGCGCUACACUGCGGGAGAUUAAGAGUCUGUUGAUUGUGUAUUUGGUCCUGUUGCUGGCUGUAUUUCUGCUGGAAAUCGUCACAGGUGUCUUGGCAUUUAUUACCUACCAAGAGCUGGAUGAGGAAUUAAGGGAGAACCUGAAGGUCACCAUGCAGCAGAAAUAUCAACAAGAUGGGGAGGAAACCAUCACAAAUGCUGUGGACAAGCUUCAUCAGGAGUUCCAGUGCUGUGGCAGUAACAGCUCUUUGGACUGGAAAGACAGCAUUUGGAUCCGGGUCGCACAGGAUUCGCGACUUGUUCCAGACAGCUGCUGUAAAACUCCCAGCAACCUCUGCGGCCUCAGAGACCAUCCCUCCAAUGUUUACAAAGUGGAGGGAGGUUGUGUCGUGAAAUUGGAGGAGUUCAUUCUCAGUCAGUUGUAUAUUGUUGGCGCACUGGGCAUUGGGAUUGCAGUUUUACAGAUAUUUGGGAUGAUGUUUACUUGCUGCCUUCAUCAAAACCUGAAAGAUGAGCCACACUAA